AUGGGUUCGGUUAUUCUUAAACUUGUUCAUCAACCAGUAAUUUCGACCACACACGGUAAGGUGAGAGGUCAGUUGCGUGUAGGUAUCUAUGGUGACACUUACUAUAGCUACGAUGGCAUUCCUUAUGCGAAACCGCCGCUCGGUGAAUUACGUUUUAAGUCGCCGCAACCACCAGAGCCCUGGGUGGAUGUACGUGACUGUACCAAAUGUCCACCCAAAUGCAUACAAGCAAAUCGUUAUACUGGCGUGAUUGAAGGCUCUGAAGAUUGUUUGUAUUUGAGUCUGUAUGCCAAAAAGCUACACUCUGAAGCUCUCCUACCGGUCAUAGUUUAUUUGAUUGGUGGACGUUUCACAACUGGCGAUCCGUCUCGUUCUACUUGGGGUCCAGAUUACAUUAUGAUGAAAGAUGUAAUUUUUAUUAGCAUUGGAUUUCGUAUGGGUGCAUUAGGCUUUCUUAGCUUUGCCGACCCAGAACUUCAGGUGCCGGGCAAUGCAGGACUGAAAGAUAUUUUAUUGGCAUUACAAUGGGUUAAGAAAAAUUGUGCUCAUUUUAACGGUGAUCCCAAUAACAUUACCCUUUUUGGACACAGCUCAGGCAGUGGCGCUGCACAAAUACUCAUGCACUUGCCGCAAUGUAAAACACUCUUUCAUAAAGUCAUCCUAAUGUCUGGCACGCAAAUGCAUAUACGGAAAAUACCCAAAGUGGAGUACCGCUUUGCAAAGCACUUGGGCUAUAAUGGUGAAGACGAUAAUCGCGCAAUUCUGGCAUAUCUCAACUCACUGCCAGCUGAACGAUUAUGCGACCUACAAAUAUUUACACCCGAGGAACUGGAGGAAGGACAUUUAUUUGUAUUCUCACUUGUAAUUGAAGAUGAGCGUGUGCCAGACGCUGUCAUCACAAAAGAUCCACUUAUUUUGUUCGCUAAUAAGCAAGCAUGGUGUAACGGUAUACCAAUAAUAAUGGGCGGAAAUUCCUUUGAGUCUCUCAUGCACUAUAAAUAUUACACUAAGCAACCAAAAUUAUAUGAAACGCUCAAGCGUCAUCCAGAAUAUCUGAUUUCACAUGAGAUCAGAGAUAAAUGCAGUUUGUCGCAACAACAAAUGUUAGCAAGGAAGAUUAUUAAUUUACAUUUGGGCGCGAAUGAGUUGUGUGCAAAACAUGUAUUUGAUGUUCUGCGGUUGUGCUCCUACGAUUUUAUAUACCAUCCCAUACAUCGUUACCUUAGAUACCGCAUGGCUAGUGCCAGUGCGUCGACAUAUCUCUAUCGCUUCGACUAUGAUUCCCUUAAUUUUAAUUUAUACCGCAUUAAGCAUUGCGGACGUGAAGUCCGUGGCGUUUCGCAUGUUGAUGAAUUAUCAUAUAUUUUCUACACGCCUGAUUCCUUUAAACUAACACAGGAUUCAAAAGAGUUUCAGAUUAUUAAGUACAUGAUUGACUGGAUUAGUGCUUUUGCUUUGAAUUCUAAUCCUAACGCUGUUGGCAAUCAGGAUAUUGUAUGGGAACCACUGUCAUUAAACGGCAUACGCUAUUGUCUCAAUAUUAGCGAUGAGAUCAGUUUUAUGGAGUGGCCAGAGCUGGAAAAUUGCAUACUGUGGGAUCAAUAUCUCAAAGAAGCGGAUUUCAAAAUCUAUUAGGCAAGUCCUUGUUUUAAAAGGAAUUUCUGAGAAAACUAAAAAGUGGUGCGCAUGCAGGAAAAAAACUAAGGCUUUCGACUUCAAUACCAUCACCACUAUGCUCUGCGGCUAUUCUUGAAAAAAAAUAGGAAUAAAAUUAUAACCUUUAAAACUUUUAGUAAACCGAGAUACUGU